AUGGACAUGCCUUCAUCUUUGGACGAAUCCAGUACCGCAGACCUGGAACGCAAUGGCGGCGAAAACUUUUUGAUGAACGAGACGGUUCGGAACUUCUCCUGGCAUGGUUUAACGGUCACUGUCAAGGAUCGUGAAACCAAGAAGGCACGCGAUUUGAUCAAUGAUAUCAGCGGUGAUGUGCAACGCGGGGAGCUCGUUGCUCUGAUGGGCCCUUCGGGUUGUGGCAAGACAACACUCCUCAAUGUGCUUGCUCGACGUGCCGCGUCAGCUGGAGCGAAGGUUCUCGGAGACAACUAUGUGAAUGAUUCGCAGAUUGACUCGCGGGCCUUUCGGCAGGUGACCACGUAUGUGGAACAAGAGGAUGUGUUGAUCGGUUCCCUGACUGUGCAGGAGACGUUGAAGUUUGCUGCCGAUCUCUCAUUGCCUAGCUCUGUAUCGAAACGCGAGCGCAAAGAUCGAAUCCGGACAUUAUUGGAAGCAUUUGGAAUUCAGAACCAAGCAAACACCCUCGUUGGCACCCCGAUCCGGAAGGGCAUCAGUGGUGGUCAGAAGCGGCGUGUGAGUGUGGCUAGUCAGCUCAUCACUAACCCAAGGAUUUUGUUUUUGGAUGAGCCAACAAGCGGUCUGGACUCAACUGCCAGUUUUGAGGUGAUUUCAUAUGCAAAGGAGCUCGCACAGGCCAAUAAUCUCAUCAUCAUUGCAAGUAUCCACCAGCCAUCGACCACGACAUUUCAGCUCUUCGAUAAGCUGUUACUACUUUCAGCAGGCAAAACAUGCUAUUUCGGGCCAAUCCCGGCCGUGGAGGGCUAUUUCAAUGGCAUUGGCUAUCCAAUCCCCGCAAACACCAAUCCUGCCGAGUUUCUGUUGGAUAUAGUCAGUUCUGAUUUUGGAAACUCGAAGGAUCCGGCGGAAGUGCGAGUCAAGGCCAUUCAAAAUGCCUGGGCAGAGUCGAACGAGGCCCACGCCAUAACAAGACAAUUGUCUGAGCGAGUCAGCGCGGCAGAGAAACUCGCCAACAAUGACCUUGCGGGGGAUACGACUCGAGCGGGUGUGAUUUCGAUCACAGCUGCUCUGCUGCAUCGCUCAUUUAUCAAGUCUUACCGCGAUGUCAUUGCUUACGGAAUUAGGGUCGCAAUGUAUCUUGGUUUGGCUAUCAUGAUGGGCACAGUGUGGCUGCGCCUACAUCCUUCGCAAGAUUACAUCCAGCCAUUCAUCAACGCCAUUUUCUUCGGCUCGGCGUUCAUGUCGUUCAUGGCCGUAGCAUAUGUCCCCGCGUUCCUUGAAGACCGGGCCACAUUCACCAAAGAGCGAGCAAAUGGACUCUAUGGUGCCACGCCAUUCAUAGUCUCGAACUUUCUCAUCGGGCUUCCCUUCUUGUUUUUGAUCUCCUUGCUCUUCUCCAUCGUCUCAUACUGGCUUUCCAAUUUCCAACCCACAGCAGAAGCCUUUUUCACUUGGGUGAUGUGGUUGUUCCUCGACCUCGUGGCCGCCGAAUCCUUGGUCGUCUUGGUGACAUCUUUGUUCCCAAACUUUGUAAUCGCCUUGGCGCUUGUCGCAUUUGCAAAUGGGCUCUGGAUGAGCGUCGGAGGGUUUCUGGUCACGCCAACUAUUCUCAAUCCGUUCUGGAAAUAUGUGUUCCACUACAUCGAUUACCAGGCAUAUGUUUUCCAGGGUAUGAUGGUCAAUGAGUUCGCUAAUCGGAACUACUCUUGUGGUGCCGAUUGUCGGUGCCUGUAUGACACUGACUUGGCAGACCAAUGUCUCAUUCGAGGCACUGGGGUGUUGGAACUGUACGGGUAUGGUAGUGGUCGGACAGGGAAGUGGGUUGGGAUUCUUCUCGGAAUCAUCGCAGUUUAUCGACUCUUUGGAUGGAUUGUCCUCCAUCUGCGCAAGACUUAA